AUGGGUAUCAGCCGCGCUGUGAGCCUGGUCAUCUUCGUGCUUACCUGGGUUGCUCAUGGUGAGACGACUUGCCACUUGACGCCAGAGUCAGAGACGCCGGAUCUGAGCAGCCUUGUGCAACUGGCAGGGCGGGAACUGCGGGAACUACCAGAGUCGGAGAGGUCGCAGCCAGCCAGGCCCGUUGGUGAGGCCAAAGCUGCACGGGAUGCCAGUAAUGCGCGCGAUGCCCCAGACCCACAGGGUUCCAACGACUCGAGGGAGCGCCAUGCGCAAGGCGCCAAGCCUUUGAAGCCUGCGGAACCCGACGUGGCGGCUUUAGAGAAUCAGCUGCCCAAGCAGCCGAAGCAGCCCAAGCACAGCGACACGAUGCUCGAAAGCAUGUUGGAUGCAUGGGGAAACUUCCUCAACGGCUUGCUGUUUGGAUAG